CCACCCAAACCUACUCUCUUGCUUCAUUCCUCCCAGAGCCUACGGUCCCUAAACAGUGCACCUGCCGGAGGUCCCAACCCAGCGGGAGAAGUGGACAUGAGGUUGGCAGGCCCCCUUCGAAUCGUGGCCCUAAUCAUCACUAUGGGUCUCACCUGGAUCCUAGUCACCAUCCUCCUGGGUGGUCCUGGUGGUGGCCUUCCUCGAAUUCAGCAAUUCUUCACCAGCCCAGAGAACUCAGUGACUGCAGAACCAAAGGCCAGGAAGUACAAGUGCGGCCUGCCCCAGCCAUGUCCUGAGGAGCACCUGGCCUUUCGCAUAGUCAGCGGGGCUGCCAAUGUCAUCGGGCCCAAGAUCUGCCUCGAGGACAAGAUGCUCAUGAGCAGCGUCAAGGACAAUGUGGGCCGUGGGCUGAACAUCGCCCUGGUGAAUGGGGUCAGUGGUGAGCUCCUGGAAGCUAGAGCCUUUGACAUGUGGGCUGGAGAAGAAUAUUGUUUGGUUGGGAAGGGCUGCUCAGUGGAACCUGAAGCUCCAUGUUCUGUGGGCUCAUCUCCACCAGAUGUCAAUGAUCUCUUGAAGUUCAUCCGACCACUGCAUGAAGGUACCCUAGUGUUUGUGGCAUCCUAUGAUGAUCCAGCUACCAAGAUGAAUGAAGAGACCAGGAAGCUUUUUUCUGAACUGGGCAGCAGGAACGCCAAGGAGCUAGCCUUCCGUGACAGCUGGGUGUUUGUGGGAGCCAAGGGUGUGCAAAACAAGAGCCCCUUUGAGCAGCACACAGCAGGAAUUGGUGGCUUUCAGGUGGCCAGGCCCAGGUGAGUUCCACUCAACAGCAUGAUUUCCACCAAGGACACAAUUCUUAAAAUUUCCCUCCCUGCUUCUUUCAGCUGACCCAUCUCUCCCUGUGGCCAGUUUACCUCAUCUUCAGACAGACACAUUGCCCCUUUUCAUCUGGGAGAGUCUAGAUGUCCAGGCUGAGCUGUGCCAUGUAGGGAGAGGGGGAGGGGGAAAGAGGGUGGCGAAAAGGGAAGGAACCAGGUGCAGCAGCUAGGUGGCCCAAAUGUACAAUGAGAACUGGCAACCAAAAUGGUUGGAUUAUAUAGUGAAGAGCAGCCCAGCGCCCUGAGCUGGAGAAGUUAAGGGUAGGAGUCAGGGUAUGCCAGCCAGGGGGGCCCUAUAAGGGGUAGGGACUGAGGGAUGCAGGGAGAACCUGGAGGCCAGGUCUGCUUUGUUGUGUUAAAUUGGCACCUCAGCCAUUUGUCUCAGCUUGAAACCUAAUGUAUGUGUGUGUGUGUGUGAGUGUGUGUGUGUGUGUGUGUGUGUGUGUCUGUCUGUCUGUCUGUCUGUCUGUCUGUGUCUGUGUUACAUGCCCAUGUGUGCAUAUGUUAAGGCCAGAGAGGUAUGAGGAACAUGAGGUCUCUUCCUCUAUCAUUCUCUGCAUUAUUAAUGUUCUUUAAGACAUUUUCAUUUUCAGAUUCAGGUCUCUCACUGAAUCUGAAGUUUACUGUUUUGGCUAGGCUAGCUGGCCAGCAAACUCCUGGAAUCCUUCUCCACCCACAGCAACACUGGGCUUACAAGCACUUGCAGCAAUCUGUGGAUUUUUACAAGAGUACUGGGGAUUGAAAUUUAUGCCCUCAUGACUAUAUAGAAAGUGCUCUUACUAGCCUCUAGUUUUUGUUUUGAGACAAGGUCUCACUCUACAACCAUGCGGCCUCAUUCACUAUUUUUGAAGCUGAGCUCAAUUUGAUCUUCCUUGCUUCAGCCUCUCCCUCCAUGCUAGAAUUACAAGUGUGAGCUCCCAUUCCCAGCUGCAAAUGUUUGUGAUCAUUCACACAUUAAACCCCUUGGAGCAGUGGUUCUCAGCAUUCCUAAUGCUGCGACCUUUUUUUUUUUUUUUUUUUUUUUCUGAGACAGUGCUUCUCUGUGUAGUCCUGACUGUCCUGGAACUCACUCUGUAGACCAGGCUGGCCUCAAACUCACAGAGAUCUGCCUGUCUCUUCCUCCUAAGUGCUGGGAUUAAAGGUGUGCAACCUCUUUUUUUUGUUUGUUUGUUUUGUUUUGUUUUUUUGAGACAGGGUUUCUCUGUGGUGUUUUGGUGCCUGUCCUGGAUCUCACUUUGUAGACCAGGCUGGCCUCGAACUCACAGAGAUCCGCCUGGCUCUGCUUCCUGAGUGCUAUGAUUAAAGGCGUGCGCCACCACUGCCGGGCCUGGUGUGCAACCUCUUAAUACAAUUCCUCAUGUCCUAGUAACCCCCAACCAAAAAGUUAUUUCAUUGCUACUUCGGAACUGUAUUUUUGCUACUGUUAGGUAAAUAUCUGAUAUACAGGUGGUCUUAGGUGACCCCUAUGAAAGGGUCGUUCAGUCCUCAUAGGGGUUGCAACCUACAGGUUGAGAACCACUGCCUUAGAGCAUGUAUAGACCUAACAUAUAUAUGUAUGCAUAUAUUUAUAUAUAUACAUACUUGUAUGUCAUAUAUAUGUACUAAUUUGAAUUUUAUGAAACACACAAUAUGGGCCUGGAGGUAAGAGUGCUUACUGCUCUUCCAGAGGACCUGGGUUCAGUUCCCAGCACCCCCAGGGCAGCUCACAACAUGUAACUCAAAUUCCAGGAGAUCCAACACCCUCUGACUUCUAAGGGUUCCUGCUCACACAUGGUACACAUAGACUCAUGCAAGCACACACACACACACACAUAAAAGUUUUUCAAAUUACAGUUUAAAAUUAUUUUUACAAUCAUUUCAGAGCUGUGGAUGUAGGUCAGUUGAAAUGAUUGCCUCGCAUGAAAAAGGCACUGAAUUUGAUCCUCAGAACCAUAUAAAUUGGGUUUGGUAUUGUGAAGAUGUAAGCAGAAGGAUUCAAAGUUCAAGGUCAUCCUCUCAGCUACAUUAGGAGUUUGAGGCCAGCUCUGAGAUUCUGUCUCAUAAACAAACAAACAAACAAACAAACAAACAAAUAAAUAAAUAAAUAAAUGGGUCUAGCUGCUUCUUCUUUGGGAAAAUACCAAAUGGCGGAUGAUGCUCGUGCAGCAAGAGGGCCCAGAGGACCUGGGGGCCCAGGAUUAGGAAGUCACAGCAGCUUCCACAGAGUCCCUGGAAGAUAUCUACCUGUUCUCCCGGCCCCAUUAAUUAAUCUGAGAUUAUUGACUUUUUCCUGGGCACAUCCCUAAAGGAUGAGGUUCUAAAGAUCAUACCAGUGCAGAAGCAGACUCAGGCUGGCCAGCUGACCAGGUUCAAGGCUUGCAUGACUAUGGGGACUACAAUGGUCAUGUUGGUCUUGGUGUUAAGUGUACCAAGGAGGUAGCCACUGCCAUCUGAGGGGCCAUCAUCUUGGCCAAGCUUUCCAUUGUCCCUGUGUGGAGAGGCUACAGGGGGAACAAGAUUGGCAAGCCCCACACUGUUCCGUGCAAGGUGACAGGCCGAUGUGGCUCUGUUUUGGUCUCAUCCCAGCCCCAGAGACACUGGCAUCGUCUUUGCUCCUGUGCCCAAGAAGCUACUGAUGAUGGCCAGUAUUGGUGACUGCUACACAUCAGCCAGGGGCUGCACUGCCACCCUGGGCAAUUUUUGCCAAGGCCACUUUUGAUGCUAUCUCUAAGACCUACAGCUACCUGACCCCCGACCUCUGGAAAGAGACUGUUCACCAAGUCUCCUUAUCAGGAAUUCACUGACCAUCUAGUGAAAACCCACACCAGAGUCUCUGUUUAGAGGUCCAGUUGUGGCUACUACAUAAGAGGUUUUUGUUGUUAUUGUUUUUUGUUGUUUUGAAACAGUUUCUCUGCACAUAAUGGCUUUUAUACAAGAAAAUAAAGUAAAUUAAGUCUGUUUAAAAAAAUAGUCUAAACAUGGCUACCCCAGCAGUGAUUCUAUAGAACUGCAUACAUGGCAGUUAGCUUAUUGCUUUUAUCAGAAAAAAAAUCCUCAGAUGGUAGUAGCAUCGAGUGAGCUAAGAAGUUUGCUCAACUUGUCCAUACACAUACCUUUUGACAGAGAGACUGGCUUGCAUAGAGUUCUGGGUUGGGUUGUUCUCCUUUUUUCCCCCUGAGACAGGGUUUCUUUUUGUGGCCUUGGCUGUUCUAGAACUCACUCUGUAGACCAGGCUGACCUCAAACUCACAGAGAUCUGCCUGCCUCUGCCUCCCUUGAGUGCUGGGAUUAAAGUUGUACACCAUUCCCACCAACUGGGUUCAGUUUUUUUCACAAGAACUUCAGAAUUCACUACAAUGGAAAAAUAAUAUUAUUGAUGGAAUGAAGCUUUAUGUACAAGCUCAGAGACCAGAGGUUUUGCAAGGAGAUCAAAUGUCUAUGAAGAGCGAUUUCUGAGUCUGAAACUACCCAUUAAAUAAAUGUAACAAUAAAUUUAAAAAUGUA